AUGACCCUGCUUCGAACUCUCAUCAUCGCUCUGACAUCGAUUAUGGGUUCGAUAGCGCUUCCCGCACCGGGAGCCAAGCCUUGGAUCGAGACACCUCUUAUUGAGUCCGGUGCGUUGUCCAAAGCAGCUGGCUGCCGAAUUUUCCUCAAGCUCGAAAACCUUCAGCCCUCGGGUUCUUUCAAAUCACGAGGUAUCGGCAAUCGCCUUCUCGAGGCUAUCAAGGCACAGGUAUCGUCUAGUGAUGACAGAGCAUUGCAUUUUCAUGCCUCUUCUGGUGGCAAUGCUGGUCUUGCGUGCGUUACGGCCGCUGUGGCACUUGGUUACCGUUCAACAAUUGCGGUACCUGCCUCGACUGAGGAGUCAAUGGUUGCGAAACUUCGUGCUGCUGGUGCAUCCGAGGUCGUUGUGCAUGGAUCGAACUGGUUUGUUGCGGAUGCUUACUUGCGAGAAGUCAUGAUGUCAAAAGCCGAGGAAAUGGGAGAGAAAGCGGUUUAUGUACCACCUUUCGACCAUCCAGAUAUCUGGACAGGUGCUGCAACGAUGGUACCUGAAAUCAAGGCGCAGAUGCCUCGCGGAGAGGUACCAGAUGCCAUAGUCUGUUCUGUCGGUGGUGGCGGUCUCUUUUCCGGCAUCAUGCAAGGUGUCGAAGGGAUUGGCUGGCAAACGAAGGUGUUAGCAGUAGAAACAGUAGGAGCGGACUCAUUAUCUCAAGCCGUUGAGAAAGGAGAACUUGUCAAGCUAGACGAAAUCACAUCUGUUGCCAAGUCAUUAGGGGCUCCUGUUGUUGCACAACAAGCACUCAAUGAUGCGUUGAAGCCAAAUGCCAUCAAUAUGGUGAUAGAAGAUGCUGAAGCGUGUGCCUCCGCCUGGAGGUUCGCUGACGACGAACGAAUACUCGUGGAGCCUGCUUGUGGGGCGAGUAUCGCGCUUGCAUAUGACGGUCGUCUGGAAAAGUAUCUCAAAGCCUUCUCGCCAGAAACCAAAGUUGUCAUUAUUGUGUGUGGUGGUAGUAGGAUCGAUCUCAAGACGAUGGAUCAGUACAAGCAGCAGUUUGGCGCAAGAGCGAAAGAGCUUGGUCUGACACGAUGCGCCGAUGUGCCCAGCACUUAUUCGUCUUGA